GUAUUAUCCGGGCAGAACAUAAACACUGCAAAAGAAAACUCAAACAAACGAGGAAGGAAAAGGUCAAAACAAAACAUGGAUGCUACAAACAAAGAAAUGAAGUCGAUUGACAUAAGUGGCAAAGGAUUAAACAAAAUCCCGGAAGAUGUAUGGGAACAGACUUCUUUGGAGAGCAUUAUAAUUGGAUCGGGCAAUAACAUACAGGCUUCAGAAAAGUACAAGCUGCUUGAUACAAUCCCUACAAUAAAAAAGAUAGAUGAACAGGACAUUAGCACAAUGAGACAUGGCAUUGACAACUUAGUAGAAAUAUUUACUCGCCGGCUCGAAGAACUUUUCUUAACAAAAGCUGCCAGUGCCAUAUAUUGCGAAGAGAUUAGUGAGGAAGUUAGAAUUAAAAAGAUGGUAGAACUGGCUAAGACUACCAUCAAAGCAGGACCAGACGCUCUUAUGGACUUCAAAGAUUACAAGCUUGAAAAGAUGAUAAGGGAAAAUUAUGAAGUUUAUGUAUCCCAAGCUCUGGAGAAAUCAAUGAAAAUAAAAACAGACAAAGAAAAUUAUGCUCCACCAUCAAAAAAGUCAAAAAAAGGUACAAAAGGAAAAGGCAAAACCUCAAAAAAUACUGGCAACCAAUCUAAAUUAACAUUGUCAUAUUUACUUCAAACUCAUUCUAAAAAUAAUGAUCCAAAAGACACGAAAACAAAAGUUUGGAUGUGUGAGUUUGAGCCUAAUGCUGAACAACCCGGCAAAACAACGAAUAUAGUUGCAACAUGUGGGGGAGAUUCCAUUUGCUUUAUUGACUGUGAUACUGGUAUGGCUAUCAAGAAAUACAAAGAAAUAGGAGAGGAGUUUUAUUGCAUAUGUUGGACUGUUAUACGUUUUAAGAAUGAACUUACUGGUUUCGAUCGUAAAGUUUCAAUGCUAGCUGCUGCUGGUGUUAAAGGCGAUAUAAAACUUAUUGAUACAUUUAAUUUGGUGUGUUUUAAAAGUGUUUCGCAUCAUAAAAAGCCGGUGGAUGCAUUACUGUUUCAUCCGGUUGAACAAAACUGGAUGUUUAGUGGAUCUGAAGAUAAAACAAUUGUCCUCUGGGAUUUGGGAAUACCUUUCUCAACAGACAACAGAGCAGCAAAAAAAUUGUUGACGUUACGAGCCAGCUCGUCGGGUACAGUACGUCAAAUUGCCAUUCUUCCUCAUGGAAAAGUCAUGUUGGGUGCGUGCGAUGAUGGGUUGCAUGCAUGGAAUGUGGAAAAUAUAUCAAAUGGCGUGAGGAACCCAACGUAUAAAUUUCACUUUACAAAAAACCAACUUCAACCAUUGGACUCUGCGAAUUGUUUGACCAAUGAUUUGUUAGCUGUCAAGCGGGUGGAAGAAGGACUCAUACACAUUUUUCAUUCCUCUUCGGAAUUUCUAGAGAACGAUUUCAGUAUUAUAUAUUCUCUAACAUGGAGGCUGACAGAAACUCCUUUCUUGAAAUUUAAUUUUAAUCCAGACACGAGUACACUUACAGCUGGUGAUGAUGAAGGAACUAUCUGGAUGUACUAUUUAGAUGAAUUGAUAGCUGCAUCAAAUGCGAAAAAAAAUAUAAACGGAUUUUCUUUGCCUUCAGCUGAGGGUACACCUCUUUUUUUCUGCGAAAAGGGGAGAAUAUUUGUAGCUGUUGUCAUCAUGGAACCCCUCGCAUUUUUGAAUUGUAUUAUUUGCUUAUUUCCACCGCUAUCAUUCCAAAUGUGUAUUCAAACUAUUUUGUUUCAUUGGAUCAACACUAUGAUUCACGAAAUAUAUUGUUGACAAGCUUACUAUAAUGGUGUCAAACAUGUAGGAAAAACAUGCCCAUCCCUGAUUUCUUGAUUUUGUCAUGACAGUUUAAAAUCCCAUCCUCUGAUUGACGAUAUCUGUCCAAUUAAGUUAAGCCAUACAAUUUAAAGUAUUCCCUUUCUUGAACCUAUUUUACAGUUUGAAAUACUUUGUCGUUAUUUUAAACAAACUGCGAUUUGAAUUAGAUAUUACGUCCAUUCAUGGUAACAGCAUUUAGAUAACAGAUUCUUUGAUUCGUAAUGUUAACUAAAUUACCGGACAAAUCGAAUUCAAAUCCACGUCCCUCAAACUUCUUGGUUUCUAGCUUUUCUAGUUACAAUAUCGCUCCACCAUCUGUUCUUGAGACGAAUCGUCAAUUCGACAUUACUCUCGUAGAUCAACUCUGUUCUUUACUACGCCGAAUCAGCAUGUGUGUGAUGAUCAAUAUCUAUUCCAAAUAUUAUCACAAAUCAAUGCAUAAUCUUUGAAAAACAAUAUUUUGCCGAAAACAUUUUCUGGAUAGGUAAUACAUUAGGAUCUCUUUUUUACUGCUAUACGGAGUGUUUUUCAGUGAGAUUUAUUUGUACUGCUCAUUUGCUCUAAAUUUAUGCACUCAAAACUGCUCAUUGGAACUUCAAAUAGUUGUUAUUUCAUGUUACUGCUCGCAAAUUGCGGCUUCUGGGCUUCGUGAGGACCGGGUUUUGUUAGAAAAUAAGUUUUUAUGACGUGGUUGUAAAUUUCGCACAUAGACUGAUUGUUUUUGGGGUUCUUGCAUAUCUGCUUCACAAUACGGACAAAGCAAAUUUAUGUAGAUUUUAUCUUUAUCAAGUAGUUCUGAAUUCUUUCAUUUUCUGAUUGGUGUAUGUUAACAAACGUCAUUCCAUGUAAUGAUGGAUUUAGUUUUUUGGUGACAAAUUAAUUUCAAUUUUUCAACGCAUUUACUUCAAAAUGGGAGCUACAGUCACACGCUGUGUCCAUAAUACUCGUGAAUAUCCUAUUCACUUUGUGUUUUUUUUGCUGGUUUCUAAAAUAUUCAAGUUAAUGAGGAAUUUUUGUAACUAGAGAUUGGUAAUGUCAUAAGAGGCAUAAAGUGCUCUGAAUAACAUUGUUUUUGAUCUAGCUAGUGGGUAAGAUGAUAGAGCGUCGAGUUGUGACAGUGAUUGUGCAUGCGAUUUGACGUGGCGGUAACAGCUGGGAUGUCAACAACGACCUUGUCAUCAGGAUCAUAGAGAUGGUCCUUGGUUAGUCAGAGUUUAAUCUAACUACCCAGAGAUCUUUCUGCGGUUCGCUUCUCUGAAAACAUUGUUGCAUGGUUCUUUUUGCAUUAGGUUUUCUAGCUGAUGUGAAGGGUUUCCUCUGUUAUCACUGUUGAAGUGAUAUACGAGUUAACGUUUAGUUAGAUACAAAAUGCGUAUGCUGUUUCUAGAGUCAGAAUAUUCAGCGCAAUUCGUGUACAGAUAGGGAACGAUGCAAAUUAACAAUGAAUUUUUAAAAACAACAUGGUAAAAGGGAGCGUAAGCCAACAUUAGGGAGUAUAGUGAGGGGAGAGAGUUAAGUAGAUUUCCACUCAAAAACGAAUUGGAACGGGAAUCUCGGGAAUCCUUUCCCAUUAAAAUUGAAAGUUUAUUAUUUCAACUUUUCUUGCGGACAGAAACGGAAAAAGUAAAAAAAAUCAAGAAUAAUUAGCGGGUAGCCAAUCAAAUUUUUAGUAUUUUUGUUGGUCCGUUUCGUUUUGCUUCAAAAUCUACCUUUAGAAGUCAAUAUUGAUGCUAUUUUUAAUAUUUUUAUUUCUGUUCUUAGCGCUUAAAAUGCGACAACAAACUUGCAAAAAUCUUUAAUCACGUGACCACCUCAAGUGAUAAUAGCCACGUGGUUGGAGUUAGCGACAAUAAUGUUGUGGCGAUCUGGAAGAAGUAACUGGAGAGGGAAAAAUUGUAAAUUCUGUAAAGCCAUUUACUUUUAUUUUAUAUUUUAACAAAUAAUUUAUUAUUCUUUAUGUUACUGUCCCAUUUUGUUUUCGCAAAAAUAUUUUGUUGCAAUCGAAUUUGUUGAUCUCGACGCCUGAUUCGAAUAACGACAUUAGACAUUGUAUUUACGUAUUUUGUUGCAAAUUCUGUUUUGAAAACUUCGGUUUUCAUCCCUCCAAUGUAGUGAGGGAAACGUUUGAAUUUUUGUUAACUUGUUGACAUAAUUUCUUGACACGCUCCUCCCUCCUUACGCUUUUUCAAUUUCUUGACACCCCCUCCACUCUUCCGAAUUUGGUCAAUUUCCUGACACCCUCCUCCCCUCUUGCGAAUGUGUUCUCAAGAUAGAGGUCCAUUACAAAUAUCAUUUCUCACGCAAACUCCCCGUUUAAGUAACGCUUUUAUUUUUCAUCAGAAUUAUUUGAAGAACGUUGAACAUUUUUUAUUUCAUUUUUAGGAUAGAUUUUUUAUCCUUUGUACAUUUUUUUUAUUUUGAUAAAAACAAAAAUUGUUUAGUA